GUAAAUAAAACCGCAACACAACGCGCUUUAUUUUCAUGUAGUUGUUUAGGCCGCUAAAAAAACCCACCACUGUUGGUUAUAUCUGUUAGCAUAUUAGCAUAUAUUGCUACGGAAGUAGACAACGAAGCGCUGUCAAAACUGCACGCAGGCAGCUCUCCACUGUCAGUCCGUCAGAGAGCUGAAGGUAUUGUAGUGAGCUCCUCCAGCCUGCUUGCUGUCAUUAUGGCUCGUGUUGAAACAUCAUCGAACAGGCCGUACCACCUGGUUAUAUUCGGAGCUUCUGGCUUCACGGGACAGUUUGUGGUGGAGGAGGUGGCGAGGACUGUGUCCGAGGGUCCGAAAGGGAAUCUGAAGUGGGCCGUGGCAGGCAGGAGCAAACAGAAGCUAGAAAAAGUUCUGGAGCAGGCCGCCGGAGUCCUCAGUAAGCCGGAGCUGAGGUCAGAGGUGGACAUCAUUGUGGCAGAUGUAGGAGAACCAGACUCCCUGGCAGCCAUGUGCAAACAGGCUGUGAUUGUUCUCAACUGUGUGGGGCCUUACAGGUUCUAUGGCGAGCCAGUGGUCAAAGCCUGUGUGGAGAAUGGAGCCCACCAUAUUGACAUCAGUGGAGAGCCUCAGUUUCUGGAGGGUAUGCAGUUUAACUACAACAGCCAGGCAGCUGACAAAGGUGUGUACAUCAUCGGGAGCUGUGGAUUUGACUCCAUACCAGCUGACAUGGGAGUCCUCUUCACCAGGGACCAGUUCAAGGGUACGCUGACUGCAGUGGAGAGCUUCCUGACUGUCGGCUCAGGAGAUGAAGGCGGUUGUAUCCAUGAUGGCACGUGGCAGUCAGCCAUCUACGGCUUCUCCGACAGCCAGAAGCUGCAGAGUCUCAGGAGGAAGUUUAAUCACAAACCUCUGCCUGUUGUCGGCUCGAAGCUUAAACGCAGGGGAAAUUUGUUCUUCAGUAAUGAAAUCCAGCAGUAUACGUUGCCGUUCAUGGGCUCUGAUCCCUCGGUUGUGAAGAGAACUCAGCGCUUCCUGGUGGAGGAACAUCAGGAAAAACCGGUUCAGUAUGGAGCGUACGCAGGAAUCGGAAAUGUUGGCAAUGUAAUCAAGCUGAUGUUUGCUGGCAUGAUGUUCUGGUUCUUAGUCAAGUUCAGCUUUGGACGCAACCUGCUCAUCAAGCACCCAGAGUUCUUCUCCUUUGGACUCUUCUCCAAAGCUGGACCGACUCGAAAGCAGAUGGAGGCUUCAUCCUUCCAGUUUGCUUUCUAUGGAGAGGGCUACACAGAGGGACAGGACCCCUCCCAAGGAAAACCUAACGCCAAGAUCCGCACACUGGUUCAGGGGCCAGAGUGUGGAUAUGUGGCCACGCCCAUCGCCAUGGUACAGUCUGCUCUAACAAUCCUCAAUGAACCCACAGCGUUGCCCAAGACGGGAGGGGUUUAUACUCCAGGUGCUGCUUUUGCAAAAACCACACUGACGGACCGCCUCAACAAACACGGCAUCCAGUUCUCUGUCAUCUAAAGUUUGUCGCCUCCCUGAUGCCAUACUCCAGGUUUUUCUGAGCACUUACAAUACUAAUAUCCAUAAUAACAACUGGAAAGUUUCCAAAUUUAGAAGAGAGCCAUUUCUUCACGAGUAGAGAUGGAGUGCACUUUCAGAUUACUUUCCAACAUCAUUUUUUUAGUACUUUCUGCUUUUAUCUUUACCCUUUGGUCACUUACCAGUCUUGCUUUGGCUUGAAUGUGCUAUUAAUCUCUGCUUGUAAGACAAAUGGCACAGCUGCAGUAGUGUUUUACAGCUGUGGACAGUAAAAGAACAGCUGUGUGUGAAUGGGUUUAACCAGGUUAUUGCUAAGGAAAGGAGAAUUUUGGCCAGUUUAUGUCAUUCUUAUUCAUAUUUGUAGCUAAUUUAAAAUGGUUUGUGCACCGUCAGAAGGAAAAAACAGAAAUGUGUAGAUGGCCCUCUUAUCAUACCAAAGACUGGUUGCUGACAUUUUUUAUAGAGGGAAAUUAUAGUCUAUAUGGCAUUUACUUACACAGGAAUAUAUAGCUCAACAACAAAUCAUAUUUUCUCUUUACAACCUGUGUUAUUUAAUAGUAACUGUAUAGCAGGCUGAAAGCUUCAUAGUAUUAAAUGCCAUUAUCCUGGACAUUAUUUCCCCUUGCAGGACUCAGGAUAAGUAAAUUAGGCUUUUUAAAAAAAAAAGGAGAGAAAAAAAAGCACACUUGUCUUGUCCUUGUGACAUACAGCACCUUCACAUGUACAAGGAGACAUUAGUCACUAAGUAGCACUAACUUAUCUGUGUGUUGUGGUUCAGUGGAAUAAAGCUGCCGACAGAAUAGAAACCUACUCUGUGUGUGUGCAUGCACAUGCUUGUCUUUCCUGGCCUGGCCUGUUAAAAAUCCUGAUUGCUUCACUUUUGACAGUAAGACUAUCACUAAAUAAUCCUAUUUUCAUCAGUCUUUCGUUUUUUUGAAGCUGAAUGUUGCAACAAUUCACCUAUACAAAUGUUUGCUUUUGAUCCUUGUCAGAAAAUGCAUCCAGUCGUUUGUGCACAAAACAGCAUGAGUUACUCCGUCAGACUGAACGGAUCCUCUGCGGUUUUGUAAACAAGUGUGUGGUUUGUUUGUUUUUAUCUGAAGAAGUUAGUUGCUCCUAUGGACUGUAGAUGUUUUAUCCACAAAGUGAUAAUGUUGAUCUCAGUUCUUGUUUUUCAUGUUUGAGCAUUAUGUGCACGUGACAGAUGUUUUGGGGUUUUGUUUUGGUGUGCUUUGCUUUGUAUGGGCCUCAUAAAUAGAAAAUAAAUCUGCUAAUACAAAGAA